GGAAAAUCCAUAUUGUUUAAAUCUCCCUCCCUCUUCCCCUCCCUCUCCCUCUCUUUCUCUCUCUCGAAAAUUAGGGUUCCCAUGAAAAUAAGUGGUUCCAUCUCCGCUGAUGAGACCUGUAUUAAGCAGGAGGAGGGCUUGGUAGUCUCUACCCACUGUGGCAAACGUCAAAGGUUUUCAGUAGAGAUCUCAGCUAACUUCCAAAGUUCAGACCAGGACUUCAAUCAAGAGGUCGUGACUUCGAAACGCAAGAAGCACAGCCGAAGAGCUUCAAAAAAGAGGAGAAAAACUUAUGAACCACAACAACGCAGAUGGGUUUUCUCUUCCCAUGAUUUGUCUUCAUAUAGAGAUAGGUUUGUGAUUGUCUCCUAUAACAUAUUAGGAGUCGACAAUGUCUUAAAGCACAUGGACCUCUAUCAUCAUGUUUCGCCACAAAUUUUAAAUUGGGACUGGAGGAAGAAUCUGCUACAUGAGGAGAUUAAAUGUUAUAAGCCAAGUAUUUUAUGCUUGCAGGAGGUUGAUCAAUUUGAUGAUAUAGUUAUGUUGCUCAAGAAAGAUGGCUAUGAAGGUGUUUACAAGGGUCGCACGGGAAAUGCAAACGAUGGAUGUGCUGUAUUCUGGAAGGAACACAUGUUCAACCUUUUGCAUGAAGAGAGCAUUGAAUUCAGAAAAUUUGGGCUUCGGGACAAUGUUGCUCAACUUUGUAUAUUGAGGUAUAAGGGCCGUCAUUGUGAGCGUAAUUUGCUCGUGGGAAACAUACAUGUCCUAUUCAACCCAAAACGUGGAGAUGUCAAGCUUGGACAGAUUCGAUUGCUUCUUAAGAAGGCCCAUACCUUGUCUCAACAAUGGGGAAAGAUUCCUAUUGUACUCACUGGUGAUUUCAACAGCUUACCACAGAGUGCCCUCUAUCAAUUUGUAGCUUCUUCCAAGUUGGAUCUUCUCAUGCACGACCGUAAGAAUAUUUCUGGCCAGAUUGAACACUCAUCAUGGCAGGAUCCAGUCGAGCAACAAAGGAAUCUCUCAGCAAGAUCUCCUUGGUAUUCAUAUAUUUGGAGUGCAGAAGAGAGAGAAAUUGCAACUGGCAAGGCAGGAUGUACCCAUCUCCAACAUCCUAUAAAUUUACGGAGUGCAUACUCAGAAGUUGCAGGAACUCAUAAUACAAGGGAUACUUGUGGAGAACCUUUGGUAUCAUCCUAUCACUCCAAAUUUAUGGGGACUGUGGAUUAUAUCUGGCACUCAGAGGAACUUGUUCCUAUUGGGGUUGUUGAUACCUUGCCAAUCAAUAUCCUACGAAGACGAAGAGGACUCCCGAGUGAGAAAACAGUCCGAUAGAAAUAUGGCAGAUUCGAAGGGAGCUCCCUAUGUUAUCCCUUCAGACAAGUUAGUUUGCUUUUGCCAUAUGCAUCUUUGAGCUCAUGGACUUCUGUAAUGACUCAUUCUUCACCUCUCUGAUGUGCCAUCAUAUUUACCCAUUCUCUAAAUCCCUUCCAUCAAGCUUUCCACGGUCAAGUGGUAUAGCAACUCCCUGGGCAUUUUCAGCGAUGCCCUUUUUCUUUUGCCCCCUCAGAAUCACAAAUACCUAAAUCCUCAUGAAUGUUUUUUAGCUUCGUGCCAUUUCUCAUUGAUUAAAGCACCCGCAUUAGAUAUCGAGAAUGAUGUUCAAAUUAGAGUCUAAUUGAGCUUUAGACAAAUAUCCAGUGGCUUGGGUAACUUGCUCCUUGAUCUAUCUCAAUGGUUGGUAGACUAGAGAGGAACCAGCUUUUACUUUUAAUUAUGUCCUCGACUCAUCCAUUGAAAUUUAUAUUGAAACCUGGGACACUGUUAACAAAUCAUGAUCCGUUUCCUGAAAUUCGUGGAACUGGUGUAGCAAGAGAGCUUCUUUUGAUUUCUUCCUUUCCAAAUACCCAAAUGAUGGCCUGCGGACACCUGUUUUACACCUAUGCUCUUUU